UGGCGAGCUCCAGGGGGCGCUCUCGGCAGCGGGGUGGAGCGUCCGGCGCCGCCAUGAGGCUGCGGGUUCGGCUCCAGAAGCGGACCGGGCCGCUGGAGCUGCCCGAAGCGGAGCCGACGUUGGGGCAGCUGCGCGCGCGCCUGAGCGGGGCCCUGUUGCCCAGCUGGGGCUUCAGUUCCGAUGCCCGGUUUGCAAUUACAUUGAACAACAAGGAUGCCCUCACUGGAGAUGAAGAGACCCUGGCUUCAUAUGGGAUUGUUUCUGGGGACUUGAUAUGUUUGAUUCUUGAAGAUGCCAUUCCAGCACCUAAUUUACCUUCAUCCACAGAUUCAGAGCAUUCCUCACUCCAGGAUAAUGACCAACCCUCUCUGGCCGCCAGCUCCCAUCAGUCCAGCACACAGAACGAAGAGCUGAGUGGUUCAGUGCAGGAAACGGCAGCCCAGGCCGAUGUCAGGAGUGAUGACAGCAUGUCGGGACCUAGUCAGACUUUGGAAGCGGAGUCGAUUUCGGAUGUUGUGGAUAUGGAAGAGGGCGCUCCAGGUUUCUGUCCCUCAGAACCAAUGCUGUGCAGUGAGUCGGUGGAAGGGCAGGUGCCCCAUUCUCUCGAGCUCCUGUAUCAGUCAGCCGACUGUGCCGACGCCAACGAUGCCUUGAUAGUGUUGAUACAUCUCCUCAUGCUUGAGUCGGGCUACAAACCUCAGGGAUCUGAAACCAAAGUUGUAUCCAUGCCCGAGACUUGGAAGUCAGGCGGUGUGUAUAAGCUGCAGUACUCGCACCCUCUCUGCGAGGGUGGCACCGCAGUGCUUACCUGUGUGCCUCUGGGAGCCCUGAUGGUCGUCAACGCUACAUUGAAAAUCAGUUCUGAGAUCAGAAGUGUGAAAAAAUUGCAGCUGCUGCCAGAAUCUUUUAUUUGCAAAGAGGAACCAGGGGAAAAUGCAGCCAAGAUAUACAAAGAUCUUCAGAAGCUCUCUCGCCUCUUCAAAGACCAACUGGUGUAUCCGCUUUUAGCUUUUACCCGACAAGCGCUGAGCCUACCGGAUGUAUUUGGGCUGCUGGUCCUUCCACUGGAGCUGAAACUACGGAUAUUUCGACUUCUGGAUGUUCGCUCUGUUCUGUCUUUGUCUGCAGUUUGCCACGAUCUCUACAUUGCAUCCAAUGACCAGCUCCUUUGGAGGUGCUUGUAUCUGCGGGAUUUCCGAGACAGUACCGUCAGAGCUCGAGAUGCGGAUUGGAAAGAGCUCUACAAGAAGCGACACAAACAGAGGAAAGAAGCUCAGCGAGGACGGCAUCUGAUCUUUCUGCCAUCCCCCCCUCACCCCAUUCCAUUCUACCCCAAUCCUUUGCACUCCAGGCCUUUUCCCUCCAGCUCUCUUCUUCCUCCGGGAAUCAUUGGUGGUGAAUAUGAUGAAAGACUAACGCUUCCCUAUGUCGGAGACCCAAUCAAUUCACUUAUACCUGGGCCCGGGGGGACACCAGGUCAGUUCCCCCCACUCAGGCCACGUUUUGAUCCAACUGGCCCCUUUCCAGGACCGAACCCCAUCUUGCCAGGACGAGGUGGCCCCAAUGACAGGUUUCCCUUAAGACCCAGCAGGGGUCGGCCAACUGACAGCCGGCUUCCAUUCAUGUGAUGGAUUUGUGCUCUUACUUCUGGGCUAGGCUUGGAUUUGUUUCCUUAAAACUGCAGAUGUCAUCUCUGUAGGGUACUGAGCUCUAGCGUUUUCUGAUUGCACUCACAGAACCCUAGUAGUAGGGAUAGCCAAAGCGUUAGGCACUGCUGGCCCCACGCUGACUGCGUGAGAAGGCUGGGCUUGGGACUUGUCAGCUGCUGACUUGCCCCUGAAUUCCCCUGUGGAGUAAAGGGUGUUUGUGGAGAUACUCUGCACAGGGGGUUUUAAAUAAGUAGUGUAAGUUCCGUGGCAAUCUCGACUUGUUUACACAGAGAUUGAAUGCUUAAGACUAUGCAGAGAACCUCUUCAGUAUCAGCAGACUGUUGCAAGAGAUGGUUUUUAUUGUGAAUGGUAUCAUUUCUUCAGAUGACAAUUUGAAGAAGCAGACUUAAUAAAAGAAAGACGCAGA